AGCAUUUGAAAUCCUCUUUCUUCAUCAAAUCGCCAUUUGCAAAACAUCGGAUUAUUCACAACAUGGACGAAGCAGAUCCGACAUCUCAAUCUAAUUAUAUACAGAUCGCUACGAAGCACAUCAUCUUUAACUGGACGAUUGAUUUUGACAACAAGGUCAUCACAGGCACUGCAACACAUGAUCUGAUUGCAAAAACUGAUGAAGUCUCAGAGGUAAUCUUCGACACCUCGCAUCUGCAUAUCGAGGGAGUCAAAAUCGAUGGGGAUGAGGUCCAAGACUUCAGACUCGGCCCCAAGCAUGAAGUCAUGGGAUCUGCGUUGCAUAUCCCUCUUCCUCGAACUGUGAGCGCCGGGUCGAGUAUCUCAGUCGAGAUCACAUACAGGACGACUGCGAAUGGUACAGCCUUACAGUUCCUUGAAAAAGAGCAGACCCAAGGGAAAAUGUUCCCGUUCUUGUUCAGUCAGUGCCAACCCAUUUACGCGCGAGACCUCGCUCCUGUGCAAGACACUCCGUCCGUGAAGCUGACGUACAGCGCCAGCGUCCGUUCUGUACUCCCUGUACUUCUAUCUGCGAUACGGGUUUCUCCGCCAUCAGAUGGUCCAGUUCAUGAUGGCAAGAUCAUCGGCAAGGAUGAAGUUGUAUAUACGUACGACCAGCCUACCCCGAUUCCGUCAUACCUUCUCGCGAUCGCCGCAGGCAAUGUGCAGUACCGGCCGUUUCAGGUUCCUGAAGGAAAACAAUGGAAGUCUGGAGUUUGGUCUGAGCCUGAGCUUAUGGACAGUUCGUUUUGGGAGUUCAGUCGAGAUACCACCAGUUUUCUAGCGGCUGCGGAGGAUCUUGCCGGGCCAUACCGAUUUGGGGUUUUUGACCUCCUUGUUCUUCCGCCGUCCUUUCCUUAUGGUGGCAUGGAAAAUCCGUGCCUGAGCUUUGUGACACCGACCCUUCUUGCCGGAGACAGGUCUCUGACAGACGUGGUGAUCCAUGAACUUACGCAUUCAUGGUUUGGGAAUGGUGUUACGCAUGCUCACGCUUCUCACUUUUGGCUUAACGAAGGCUGGACAACUUAUAUCGAACGUGUGCUACUGGAGAUCAUACACUCACCUGCACACCGAGGCCUUUCCUCUGUGAUCGGAUACAAAGCAUUGCUGGACGCCCUUGCACUCUUCGAAGACAAACCAAAAUACCAAAAGUUGGUUAUCGACUUUGAUUAUGGGGAGGAUCCGGAUUCUGCGUACAGUCGGGUGCCUUACGAUAAAGGUGCAAAUUUUAUCUUGCAUAUUGAGCGUACGCUCGGUGGCCUUGACGUCUUUCUGCCCUACGUCAAGGACUACGUCACUACUUAUAUGGGCCACAGCAUCACCACAGAGACAUGGAAGAAUCACCUCUAUGCCUACUUCCAGAAGAAUGGCGGUGAGGCACAAAUCAAAGCAUUGGACAGCAUUGACUGGGACGCGUGGCUUCAUCAAAGUGGAUUGGACUUACCUGUCAAGAUGGAAUAUGAUAUGACUCUGGCGAAUCCUGCAAACGCGCUUGCCGACCGGUGGUAUGAAUCACGUCACACUUCGGACAUUUCAAAGCUAGAUUUCAAGGCUUCUGAUUUGGAUAACCUGGACGCCAACCAAAGAGCUGUCUUCCUCGAGCGAUUGGAGAGUUACGAUGAAUCUCUUCCUGCGGCUCACCUUUUCCAUUUCGACGAACUAUACAGCUUCUCAAAUACCUCCAGUGCCGAAAUUCGAUUCAGAUUUUAUACCUUGGUACUCAAGUCCGAGGCAGCGAAGCAUUUCGUUCAAGGUGCAGCAGAUUGGGUUGUUGGGGCGGAUGACACUGGCGUCAUCAAAGGCCGCAUGAAGUUUUGCAGACCUGUGUUUAGAGCGGUGUUCAAGGUCGACCCCGACCGCGCUAUAUCAACGUUCAAGCAGGCUCGGACACAGUUUCAUCCCAUUGCGCAGAGUCUCAUUGCGCAGGACCUUGGGCUGGACCUGGCUGGGCUGAGAGUUUGUGGAUAAAAAAAGGGCUGUACCUGAGCAUGUUACUUACUGUAUGGUUUCGGUGCGAUCACAAUCGAAUCUUGGGUACCUACUAUGUAUACUAGUUGUAUGUUGAGCAGCGGGAGACAACUGCCUAAAUUUGG